AUGAAAGAGUCGGGAGAGGGAAGACUGGAGGCGUGGAGUGUCGAGAGUAGCGCCUAUCAGGCCGUAUGCGGUGAGCACUGGAACGCCAGCUAUCAAAGUGAGACCGCGUGUCGUCUUCUCGGCUAUAAGAGUCUCAAUGAAACCCGUAUUAAAGACGAGACGACCACUCAGUCUAUGGAACUCUACAACAGAAUCGGAACCGCUAUUAGUAGACAAACACAGAUGAAAGUGCUUUUCGAUAAGUCCAGGAAUAAGGGCUGUAGGAAUGGCAAGAAUAUGACCGUUCACUUGAAAUGCAAUCAUUUCGAGUGCGGACGAUCUGCUAUACCAUUGCGGCGCCGAAAGCGUCGCCGACGUAUAGUUGGCGGCAAAGAGUCAAACCCGGGUCAGUGGCCAUGGCUUGUGGCCCUUCACGGCGGACCCGAAGAGGUGUUCUUUUGCGGCGCUGUAUUGAUAUCCGAGCGAUGGGUACUGACGGCCGCCCACUGUAUUGGAAAGUAUGGCACUUAUUGUAUUAUAUUUCAAACUGAUGUGAGGGGUUGGACAGUGAAUCUGGGGGUCACCCGUCGGACGGCGUCGCCCUUUUCGGUACGAAAACGCAAAGUAUUGCAUCUCCUAAAGCAUCCGGGUUUCAAUCCGAGCGCAAACAUGUACUCGAGUGAUAUCGCACUCAUUCUUAUGGACUCAGCCGUCGAUUUUGAUGAAUUUUUACGACCCGUGUGUUUGCCUCCUCUUCACACACGUAUUGAAACCGGUACGUUAUGCACAGUCAUUGGUUGGGGUAAGAAGAUUCACGACGACGACGCCGACUACCUGUCGGCCAUACAUGAAGUGGAUGUGCCGAUUGUGGACCACAGCCGGUGUCGGCAAUGGUAUGAGAAACAAGACGUUGUAAUACCGCCGACAAUGUUGUGCGCGGGCUAUGAGUUGGGCCGUAAGGACGCGUGUCAGGGCGAUAGUGGCGGUCCUCUCCUGUGCCGCGAUUUGCAUCACAAUUGGUUUGUGGCGGGAGUAGUGAGCUGGGGCAUCAACUGCGCUCAACCACAACUACCA